AAUGAUGAUUAAAGUCAGUGAGGAACAACAACAUGCUAUUCAAGAACAGCCAGUUACCGUCAAUAAAAUUCAAAAUUUUGUAGAAGCUUGCUGGAUUUUAGCUAUUUUGAAUUAUACAUUAUUGUGA